AUGCUAGGAACAACACCCCAUCCCCUGAUCCACAUCAAUGCCUUCCCCGGCGCUGGAAAAUUGACAAUUGCCCAAUAUCUUGUCGCGCAUGUCAGCCAGUCAGCAAAUAUAAAGCUAGUCCACAACCACCUUCUCAUCAAUCCCGCUGAUGCUGUCCUCCACCGUACCCAACCAGGGUAUCAAUCUCUUCGACAUGCUCUCCGCGCCGCGAUCUUUACAUCCCUAGCAACUGAGCCUGCAACCUUUAGUACGACCUACCUAUUUACCGACUUCCAAACAGCAAAUGAACAAGGUGCCAGCGUGUGCGCAGAAUACGCGCAGGCCUCGAAGGAUCGCGGCUGUAUACUGAUUCCAAUUGUGUUGACCUGCGAUGAAGAUGAGAAUAUUAAGCGUAUGAUGCAGUCGGAUCGUGAAAAACAUGCAAAGCUUAUGGAUGUCGAGCUACUAAAGACAUUUCACAAGGGAUUACCGGUUUUCGAGUUCAGCGAUAGAAAGGAGUUUCUAAAAAUCGAUGUGACUCAUCUGGAGCCGGGGGAGGUAGCGAGGAUUAUCUGGCAGCAUGUUUUACUAUUUUAUCCUGAGUUGAGUGAUGAGAAGUCUUGA